UAAUAAUAAAAAAGAAACAAGUAGAGCUUUCGGAAGAAGUUUCUAACAGACAGCGAAGAGGCCAAACCCAAUCAGUCGCUCUGGAAAAUCAGAGAGCUCUGCUGCUGAUCCGUCUUCUUUGUACUCUUUGCAAAUUUCUCCGGUCCGGCAAGACCCUUUAUCGCCAUAGCUGAAGGGUUUAGCAGAUUUCUGAAAAGAUGUCCGGCCAAAGCCAGCGCUUGAAUGUGGUUCCCACCGUUACAAUGCUUGGAGUUGUGAAAGCUCGCCUUGUUGGUGCAACAAGAGGUCAUGCUCUGCUCAAGAAAAAGAGUGAUGCUUUAACGGUGCAGUUUCGUCAGAUUCUUAAAAAGAUAGUCUCAACAAAAGAAUCAAUGGGAGAGAUCAUGAAAACAUCAUCAUUUGCCCUAACUGAAGCCAAGUAUGUUGCUGGUGAGAACAUCAAGCACAUUGUCCUUGAAAAUGUUCAAAAUGCAUCUCUUAAAGUUCGAUCGCGGCAAGAGAAUGUUGCUGGUGUGAAGCUCCCUAAGUUUGACUAUUUCACUGAUGGUGAGACCAAGAAUGACCUCACUGGAUUGGCCAGAGGUGGACAGCAGGUUCAACUCUGCCGUGCUGCUUACGUGAAAGCAAUUGAAGUUCUUGUUGAGCUUGCUUCACUUCAAACAUCAUUUUUAACUCUUGAUGAAGCAAUCAAGACUACUAACCGUCGGGUUAACGCUUUGGAGAAUGUUGUGAAGCCUAGGUUGGAGAAUACAAUAACUUAUAUUAAAGGAGAGUUGGAUGAACUGGAAAGGGAGGAUUUCUUCAGGUUAAAGAAGAUACAAGGUUAUAAGAAAAGGGAAAUGCAGAGACAGCUUGCAGCUGCCAAGCAGUUCGCUGAGGAGCAGUUUGCCGAGAAGGUAUCACUUCAUAAAGGUGUUUCAAUAAAUACAGCUCACAACUUGUUGUCUGCAGCCGCGGAGAAGGAUGAGGAUAUAAUUUUCUGACUUGGAGGCUGGUUUAUAUUUUGAUAUUUAGAAUUUCUUGUUCAUGCUCUUGCUAUGCUUCUUGUUCUGCAGUGGAAUUCCUCUUAUUGUUCAGCUGGGCAAUUAUAUGGUCUGAAUAAAAUCUCCCUGUAUGUUCCUAUUUAUUGUGUAUUAUUUGUGACCAAACCAUCUACCAUGUCGAGGUUUUCAAAUAUUUGUUGCUUGUAAGUUAUUUGGUGAACAAGGUAUUUUUUGAAGAUAGAGCUUAUCAUAUUAAUUCUCAUUUUAUGGAUA